AAGGCUGCUGGAACAAACUCUUGGUUGCAAGAUGGCGGCGGCGGCAGCAGGGACUGUGGCAGCAUCUGGUGCUGGUGCAGCUGCUGCACCCAGUGGGGUGGGUUCGGGGGGCCCAACUCUCACCGGGACCCUCAACAAGAAGAAGAAGCCGUUCCUGGGCAUGCCAGCGCCGCUCGGUUACGUGCCGGGUUUGGGUAGAGGUGCCACUGGUUUCACAACACGUUCUGAUAUUGGUCCUGCUCGAGAUGCCAACGACCCAGUUGAUGACCGCCAUGCUCCCCCAGGAAAAAGGACUGUUGGUGAUCAAAUGAAAAAAAAUCAGGCAGAUGAUGAUGACGAAGAUUUGAAUGACACUAACUAUGAUGAGUUUAAUGGAUAUGCUGGAAGUUUGUUCUCAAGUGGCCCAUAUGAAAAAGAUGAUGAAGAAGCUGAUGCAAUCUAUGCUGCAUUGGACAAGCGAAUGGAUGAAAGAAGGAAAGACAGAAGGGAACAACGGGAAAAAGAAGAAAUUGAAAAGUACCGUAUGGAACGUCCAAAAAUCCAGCAACAGUUUUCUGAUCUGAAGAGAAAACUUUCAGAAGUUACAGAAGAAGAAUGGUUAAGUAUCCCUGAAGUUGGAGAUGCUCGUAACAAACGUCAACGAAAUCCUCGCUAUGAGAAACUGACGCCUGUACCAGAUAGUUUCUUUGCCAAACAUUUACAAACUGGAGAACAACACACAUCUGUAGAUCCCAGACAGACGCAAUUUUCUGGUUUGACAUCGCCUUAUCCUGGUGGCUUGAAUACACCAUACCCAGGUGGAAUGACACCCGGCCUUAUGACACCAGGAUCAGGAGAACUGGACAUGAGAAAAAUUGGUCAAGCCCGAAACACCUUGAUGGAUAUGAGGCUGAGCCAAGUGUCCGAUUCUGUCAGUGGACAAACUGUUGUUGACCCUAAAGGCUAUCUCACCGACUUGAACUCGAUGAUUCCAACUCACGGUGGAGAUAUUAAUGACAUUAAAAAAGCCAGAUUGCUGCUUAAGUCGGUACGUGAGACCAAUCCUCAUCACCCUCCAGCAUGGAUUGCAUCUGCAAGGCUUGAGGAAGUAACCGGAAAACUGCAGGUGGCCAGGAACCUAAUUAUGAAAGGAACAGAGAUGUGCCCAAAGAGUGAAGAUGUUUGGUUGGAAGCAGCCCGACUGCAGCCUGGUGACACAGCUAAAGCAGUAGUAGCAAAUGCAGUCCGACAUCUGCCACAAUCUGUGCGUAUAUACAUACGAGCAGCAGAAUUGGAAACUGACAUUAGAGCCAAGAAACGGGUUUUGAGAAAAGCCCUGGAGCAUGUGCCCAAUUCAGUGCGUUUAUGGAAAGCAGCAGUUGAACUUGAAGAACCUGAAGAUGCACGUAUUAUGCUCAGUAGAGCUGUUGAGUGCUGCCCAACAAGUGUUGAACUUUGGCUUGCUUUAGCAAGAUUGGAGACCUAUGAGAAUGCACGAAAAGUGCUCAACAAAGCAAGAGAAAACAUCCCAACAGAUAGGCAUAUUUGGAUUACUGCAGCAAAGCUAGAAGAAGCUAAUGGGAAUACCCAGAUGGUUGAAAAAAUUAUUGACAGAGCUAUUACUUCACUAAGAGCUAAUGGAGUGGAAAUUAAUAGAGAACAAUGGAUUCAGGAUGCAGAAGAGUGUGAUAGAGCAGGAAGUGUUGCCACCUGUCAGGCUAUUAUUCGUGCAGUUAUUGGAAUCGGUGUUGAAGAAGAAGAUCGAAAGCAUGCAUGGAUGGAGGAUGCAGAAAGUUGUAUUUCCCAUGGAGCACUUGAAUGUUCAAGAGCAAUUUAUGCACAUGCCCUCCAGGUUUUCCCAAGCAAAAAAAGUGUGUGGUUGAGAGCUGCGUACUUUGAAAAAAAUUAUGGCACCAGAGAAUCUUUGGAAGCCCUUUUGCAGAGAGCUGUGGCUCACUGCCCAAAAGCAGAAGUUCUUUGGCUAAUGGGAGCUAAGUCUAAAUGGUUAGCUGGAGAUGUGCCUGCAGCUAGAAGUAUUCUUGCACUUGCUUUUCAGGCUAACCCAAACAGUGAAGAAAUUUGGUUGGCUGCAGUUAAGCUGGAGUCUGAGAACAAUGAAUAUGAAAGAGCACGAAGACUGCUGGCUAAAGCUAGAAGCAGUGCUCCCACUGCAAGAGUAUUCAUGAAAUCUGUGAAAUUGGAAUGGGUGUUGGGAGACAUUCCUCGAGCUCGAGAGUUGUGUGAUGAAGCACUAAAACAUUAUGAAGACUUCCCAAAACUGUGGAUGAUGAAGGGUCAGAUUGAAGACCAAGUCGAAAAUACAGAGAAAGCCCGUGAAUCUUACAAUCAGGGGUUAAAGAAAUGUCCACAUUCCAGUCCACUGUGGUUGCUUCUAUCCAGACUUGAAGAGAAAGCUGGUAAUCUUACAAGGGCAAGGGCUAUCUUAGAAAAGGCAAGGCUGAAAAAUCCACAAAAUCCGGAAUUAUGGUUGGAAUCUGUAAGAUUAGAGUACAGGGCUGGUUUGAAAAAUAUUUCAAAUACUUUAAUGGCAAAGGCUCUUCAAGAAUGCUCCAAUUCUGGUAUUCUUUGGGCUGAAGCUGUUUUCCUGGAAGCAAGACCACAAAGAAAGACCAAGAGUGUAGAUGCUCUGAAGAAAUGCGAGCAUGAUCCUCAUGUCCUCCUCGCGGUAGCAAAACUGUUCUGGAGUGAACGUAAAAUAACCAAGGCUAGAGAGUGGUUCCACAGAACUGUCAAAAUUGAUCCUGAUCUUGGAGAUGCUUGGGCUCUGUUCUACAAAUUUGAGCUACAGCAUGGCACUGAGGAACAGCAUGAGGAUGUGAAAAGGCGGUGUGAAAAUGCAGAGCCAAGACAUGGAGAAUUAUGGUGCGAAGUGUCAAAAGACAUUAAGAACUGGCAAAGAAAAAUUGGAGAGAUUCUUAUGCUUGUAGCUGCUCAAAUAAAAAAUACGUUUUGAAAUUUUGUUUGAAGAUAUUGUAUCUAAAGAUUUGCUUUUUUUAUUAGAAUAGCUUAAUCCUUCAUUGCAGAAAUCUGUUAUCUCCUCUGUCUUCCUUUCCCCAUGUAUUUUUGUUACAUGUAAUUUAUGCAACUUCUAAAAUUUUUUGCUGGGAAACUAUUUGUUAUUGUGUACAAUACUAUUUUAAAAUAAAUAGUGUCAUCAUAGUUUUAAGCAGUGGAUAAUAUAUUUUUUAAAAACUGAAGAUGCUAGAUGUAGUAUAGUAACUGUUAACUGCUGGAGGGUGGAAAUAUUAAAUAAGUAGAUUCUGUGGGUACAGGAAACUUGCAUAAAUGGCUGGAGAAAAAUCACAUGUGAAAUACGAUUUGUUGUUCAAGUAAGUUGUUUUAUUUACCAUGUUAAAUCUACAAGAACUUUUAAGUCUGUUCAGUCUGAAUACUCUUUAAUACAGUUCAAAUUAAAAAUGGUGUUCUGAGUUA